AUGAGGCGAAGCAGAUCACUUAAAGCCGAAGCAGAAACGCAGCAUGCAGCAGCAGCAGCGGCUGCUGCUGCAGCAGCAGCAACAGCAACAGGAACAGCAGCAGCAGCAACAGCAGCGACAACAGCAAUAACAGCAGCAGCAGCAGCAACAGCUGCAGCAGCAGAAACAGCAGCCGCACCAGCGCUGCAGCACCAACAGCAACAGGAACAGCAGCAGCAGCAACAGCAGCGGCAACAGCAAUAA